AUGCCUCCAUUCCGACCUGACCAUCACGCACUCUCAGCGCUCGGUAUGUCGUCGCUCUUUCAACACUCCAGCAAGCUUCUUUUCCACCUCCUAUCCAAGGCGAGACACGUCCAUACUUCGUCACAUGCAUGCACGCCGCGGCGGCUGUCUUCCAAGGACAGCGACGCCAUCAUCCGGAUGUUCAAAGAACGCAAAACUGCCAAGGACAUGGCUGGCCAUUUAGAAAGCACCCCAAGCCGGGUCGAAGGCCACAUUCGCAGACUCAGGCGGGCAGGCCUCCUGACAGACCGCAAAUAUUGCCMUACACAGGCGCCUCUCACCCCGACUGAAGUCGAGAUUCUGCAGACUGCAAAAGAUGACGGCAAAUCCUUGCGAGAUUGUGCCGCCCUGAUUCCCAAUAGGCCUCCAUCCCCGCUUUUUACCCAGUUUCGACGAUUGCGGCGAAUGGGCACUGUAGUGCGGCCGGCCGCUACGGAGCGCCAAAAAUGGUCGGUGGAAGAGACUCAAAAACUUGUUGAUCUUCGUGGGCAAGGUUUGCAGUUUCAUCAAAUUGCCGAACUGAUGAUGCCCCGUUCCGUGGGCUCGCUUGCCCGUCGAUUUGAACGAAUCGCACCGACUGAAUCAACAAGGAAAACUCAGCCGUGGACCGUUGCUGAGAUCAACGAGCUUAGAAGCUGUAUGAGGGCUGGCGAGAAGUUGAAGAGCAUUUCCCUCCGGAUGGGACGUACUCUCGAAAGUGUUCGAAGCAAGACCAAUAGACUCAUGCUGGAAAAUGAACAAUACUUGGGGCAGGCUGCACCUCGUAUUCGGUGGUCUCUCAAAGACACUGCGCGAUUAUGUGAAAUGAAAUCCAGAAAGAUGAAGUUGACCGAGAUAGCCCAGCUUUUGGGUAGAUCUCCCUCCUCUAUCAUCAGCAAGUGGCAUGAUGUUGAGAAACGCGAUAAGGUACUCCCGCAAAACACAACCAGAAUAAAGUGA